CGGCAUUCGGCUGUCGGUUCGGUUGUCGCAUUUCGUUGUCAUUGGUUGUGAUUCGCGAACGUGGGUGAACGAUUCCUGAUACUGGAUUCAUUCAUUUACAAUAAAUUGGUUAACUCUAGCAUUACCCGCGCUACACAAUAGUGUACAGAGAAGGCAUCUUCGGAAGACGUACUUCGCUCUUCCCGUACUUUCACUCUACCUUAUAGUUGACACCGUACGCAUACGCAAAACGCAGCAUCGCACACAUCUCCAGAGGAAUCUGGAAGCUACAGAAGCGAAAAAAAAGAGUGCCGUAUUUCACAGCUCACUGGAAAAGUGUAAUAUACAGUUUGUUUUCUACUAAUUCCUGUUUGAACCUGUCAACAACAGCAGACUGUUUCAUUUGCAAAAUAUUUGAUAAACACGAUGGAGCUUGAUUACGAUAAUAUUUAUCUGAAUAAAUUGCCGAUCACGGCAGCCACGGGGGACAGCGCUUGGAACCACUACGCCCUAGUGGAAAGUACCUGGGGCGAGCGGAAAAUUCUACUGAAGAUAAUCGUUUUCAGUCCGAUCUACAACACUCCAUUGAGUUUUCUAAGCGAAAUUGACCACGAAGUGCUUCAGCAAACGGCAAUUCGACUGGAAAAAAGUCUGGAUGAUUUCUUGGCAGAAACGAAGACUGCUCUGUGUACCGAUGGUGGCGCGUCUGGUUUUAGCUACUCGGUGGAAGAUAACAAUUUCGUUUGGCGUAAAAUUGGUGGUCCCUUAACGGUUACGUACGGUUCGGUUAUUCUACUCCGUUCGCCGUGUCUGCUAUCGGAUGUGUUGCAGAAUUCGAUCAAUGUUCAGAGUCAUUUGCGGGGUGUAGUUGAACUAAGAAAUAGGAUUUUGCUUGAACUGAAGGAAGAGCAUGAAGAGCUUCUUGAGUUUCAGCGCCAGCAGGAGGAAGAUAAUCGUCUCUACGAAAUCGAGUUGAUUACGAAAUGCAUCAGCAUUCUGAACGAAAAGAAAGAGGUAAUCAAUCAUAUGAAGAAGCAACUGGCGGAGGAUGACGAUGAUGAAUUAGGCAGUACUCCGCAGCAACAACAGGACGAGGCUGGUGACGGAUUGGAGGGACGUUCGACGGUAGGUGGGGCACCGGCUACGGUGGGACACGAUACAGAGUCCGUAGGUCGCAAAAGUUCGUCGGUAAUCGAUUUCAGUGACUCGGAUGCAUUCGAUAGCCCGCUACACGAACAGGAAGAACUAGAGCACAACCUUCCCAAGCGGACGAAAUUCCAGCUGGUAGCACCAAGGAGUUCGACCUCCACAUCGGGCACGUCGUCGACCGUCACAGCAACCGGUAAAGGUACAGAAACUGGCGGCGGUGGCAAUAGUGAGGAAAAAGAUAUUUACAACCGGGAUACUGAGGAACUGCUGCAGAAUAUGUAGGAAAGAGGAGAUUGAAUAAAUGACUAAUAGUGCAAUCUAACGUACUUUUUUUUAGAAUUAGAAGUAACUAAAAUAUAUAAAAAUAUUUAUUUGUCUUUCUCGAAAGAGGUAUGAUUUAACGAGGAGUUUCUCUCUUUCGUGAUAGUAUUUGAAAAGGGUCAGCACAUAUGUAUGUCAUUUACAUUAUGUAUUCUUAUCGUUCGUGUGUCAUAAAUUGUACCUAUAAAUA